AUGCGGGCCACCAACACAGCCAGGCGGCCUCGGAACCCGCUGCUGCUGAGAACACCAGACGAGCUCGAAGAAGACGUUCGCAAAUUCUAUGACCGGAACCACCUGCAAGACGUGAUCGACGUUGAGUUGCUGGUCAAAGGAGCACGCAUAGCACAGGAGCCGGAUAACCUAUACACCCUCGAAUUGACACCAGCCGAGUUCAAGGCGAUAAAGGAUGAAAAGGAAUCAGGCUUUUGGCAGCAAAGUAAAGACCUCAAGGUGACCAUUCUAACGACAGCAUGUGCGGCAAUCACCCAAGGCUGGCAGCAGUCGACGAUCAAUGCGAGCUCAGGAGGUUGGAAGCAUGAUUUGCACCCCCAGGGUGAAGAUUGGACGCACCAACAUCUAUUAUUGGGUGGCUUUAUUGAUGCUGCGCCUUGGCUAUCAGGCAGUAUGAUUGGAACAUGGCUAAGUGAUCCCCUCCAAGAGGGUAAUUAUGGGAGGCGGCCAGCACUGUUCAUCUCAGCGGUGUUUUGUGCUGCUUGUGCACUAGGUACCGCUCGCUGUGUGACAUGGCAGCAGCUUCUGGCUUGUCGAGUGAUACUAGGUAUUGGGAUCGGUGCAAAGGCGUCAAUCGCCCCCGUCUUUGCCGCAGAGGCGGCGGUUGACCACCUACGAGGACGGUUAUUGAUGAUGUGGCAACUGUUCGAUACUUUUGGUGUAUUUAUUGGCUUCGCCUGCGACUGGAUUGUCGAUCGGCAAUGGCGGGUGCUCCUGGGGACAUCAUCGAUUCCUGCUCUUGUCCUCCUGUUCCUCGUCUUUCUGUGCCCCGAGUCCCCUCGGUUUCUUAUUCGGAAAGGAGAUUAUACCGGUGCAUUCGUGAGCCUCCGGCAGCUACGAGGCACGGACAUCCAGGCAGCGAGAGACCUGUAUUAUAUCCACAGUCAACUACAAGUCGAAACGGAAAUGUUUCAUGGAGAACGACCGCAGAACUGGUAUUGCCAAGAGAUAUACCAGGAGAAAGUGCGACAAACCAAUUUUCUGUGGCGGCUUGGGAAGCUCUUCAGCCAUCCACGCAACCAAAGAGCGUGUUUGGCUGCUUUCUUGGUCAUGGCGUCACAACAACUCUGUGGUAUCAACGUUCUUUCGUUUUACUCUUCUCGACUAUUCAAAGGUGCCACCAACCAGGAUAAGAACCCCGAUACGAAUGAUUCCCGGCAACCUGCGAAUAUAACCUGGCUGAACUUUGGAUUCGGCCUGGCGAACUUCCUGUUCACGAUUCCUGCGUAUCGAUACAUCGAUUGGCGUGGGCGUCGGCUUCUUCUCCUCAUCUCGCUAGCGGGAAUGUUCUUCAGUCUACUUGCCAUUGGAUUUUUCUUUCAAAUCGAAGCCGACAAGGUCAGACUAGCUCUGGUGUCGACUUUUGCCAUCGGCUUCUUCACGUUCUUUUAUGGUAUCGGCGCCGGACCAGUCCCGUUCACCUUCAGCGCUGAAGUCUUCCCACUUGCGUUUCGUGAGGUCGGCAUGAGCUUCAGCGUUAUGGUCAAUUUCCUGGGUCUCGGGCUUCUGGUACUAUUUGUACCCAAAUUGACCGAUGCUCUCGGAAAGUUUGGAGAAUCUAAGUUAUGUUUUCUAUUCACGGGACUCAACGCGCUGGCUUUUUUUCUCGUCUUCCUGUUCGUUCCCAGUGGCACUGCAAAAGUGGGCCUGGAAGAAAUGAACCAAAUAUUUAACACAGAAAUGUCCGUUCAUGUCAAGGAGCAUGUCGUUAGCCUUGGUAAUCUGUGUGGCCGGCGAAGAAUCGAAGAUGAACCGCAUCAUCUUCAGCAAAUUCCUGAUUAUGCUUAG